ACGCACGAAAGUGAGAGAGAGAGAGAGAAAAAGAUAUGUUUGCGGUGGAGAAUGGGUUGCAGGGAGACCCAAGACUGCAGGCUAUCUCCGACGCCAUUCGAGUCAUCCCUCACUUCCCCAAGACUGGGAUCAUGUUUCAAGACAUAACGACGCUGUUGCUGGAUCCAGUUGCCUUUAAGCAUGUCAUUGAUAUCUUCGUCGAUCGUUACAAGCACAUGAACAUCUCUCUCGUUGCCGGCGUAGAGGCGAGAGGAUUCAUAUUUGGACCUCCCAUCGCAUUAGCCAUAGGUGCCAAGUUCGUCCCUCUACGUAAACCAGGAAAAUUACCCGGGAGAGUGAUAAGCGAAGAGUACGAGCUUGAGUAUGGAAAUGAUCGUCUAGAGAUGAGUAUGGAGGCUGUCAAAACCCACGAACGAGCUCUUGUCAUCGACGAUUUAGUUGCCACUGGUGGAACACUCUCCGCUUCUAUUAACCUCUUGGAGCGAGCAGGGGCCGAAGUCGUGGAAUGUGCAUGCGUUGUUGGUUUGCCUAAAUUCAAGGGGGAAUGUAGGCUGAAGGGAAAACCAUUGUAUGUUCUGGUGGAGCCUAGCCAGUUAGACUAAAUAACCUUCUAAGCCUUUACGCGGUCAACAGCUCUAUCUAUUUCUCCAAAUUCCAGCUAGAUGUAAUGUAAUAUCAUUGGUUGUGACAAAUAAUAAUAUGAUUGGUGUAACCAGUCUAUAUGUAAUUAAAUUGUUUAAAUCUUUAUCAUAAUACAUAUGGGGUGAUUCAUGCUA